AUGGACUCUGAAACAUUGUCCACCAACUGGGACAGCACUCGGCUGUCAUCAUCUCCUUUCUUGCGACAAGGAUGGUCCCGACUGUCUCCAUCCUAUGCACCGCCAACAAGCGAUGCGGGUCCCUCACAUCACGCAAAUUGGCGUCACUGUGAAUCUGCAUUAGACGAGUCAGAUCGAUCAUACCGAUCAACUGCCCUGCAUCAAGCUCACGGUCCGCGACCUUUGUCUCGACGAGACAGGCCGGUGAACCCUGUUGCCUAUCGACAAUCACCCCCUGUACCGACCCAGCCUGUUCUUGUCAGAGCGUACUCCGGCAAUGCAGAGGGUGCAUCUCCAAGGUCAUCGACUAUGUCUCCACGCCGACUAUUUCCGUUCACGGGUUCAAAGAGUUCGGCUCCCUCCCGCUCACCGGGCCCGCCUCUCCCCUCAGAUAAGGAUUUCAGUAUCGAAAGUAUACUGCAGGCCAUCGAACCUGAUAUCCGCGGGACCCUUGACUCCAUCGCUGACAUCUGUGGUCGAAGCAAGCUUAGUCUUGCUAAUGAAUAUGGCAGCCACAUCGCCCCUCUUGGGGAGAUCCGAGCACCCCCAAGUGGCCUGGUGCCUGUCGAAGAAGUCAGUAUGAGCGAUGAAGGGCGUGAUGAAACCGUUGUGAUCUUCGACGAUGAUCCCAAUAUCAUGGAUCCUGGUCGCGAUACACAUCCUUUCUCGUUCUAUCGCUAUGUUGAGAACCUCCGACAAGCUGCCUCGGCAUUGGAACGGAAUGGAGACCCUGGUCCAGCAGGAUCAGCACAACCAGCCCCUGCACGGCCUGGAGCGUCGAAUAAUCGUACUGCAGUCUUACAGGACCCGGACUUCAUCAAUCACCCAAAUACUCGAGAAUUCAUCUCAAGGCCAAAGCACUCUGGUCGAGACCUACUAGCUAGGCGCACCACUCUUGAACAUGAGUCUGGAUCCCAAGAUAUUGCGACCCAUGCUGUCGUUUCGGAGGUACAUUUGGAUGCUCGGGCUGAUGAGAGACAUCUGUUUGGGGGCUUCGAUAGCCCUGCUACGACUUCUUCUGCUUUCACUCACCCAAACCAGUGGCAAGCACCCGAUCUUAUAAACUCUCUACUUGGCUGGCUACGCUGGACUGCAAGAAUAGUUGGUCCAGAGAAUCGUCCUGCUUUGCAAUCAGCUGAGAGCCGUUUAAGAGCUAUGCUACAACAGUCGCACGGUGACGAGACUCUUUCCUCGUUGUCUUAA